CGCAGGCCGCGCUCCGCCUCUCGUCUUCAUCUCGCCGUCGGACGGAGCGUCGCGUGAACGGGAGGGAGACAAAGCAUUAAACUAAUGAAUGGGGGCAGAGAGACCACAGGCUGGCCUGCACGUAGUGAACGGCUACUGAGCCCUAGCAGAGGCACCUAGCUGCCAGGUGACAACUCUCACCAACAUGGAAGAAUCUUUUGGUUAUUAAAUAUACUGUUAAAGUGGUUUUCAGGCAAGCAUAUUCAUUGGAGUUCUGCAAAUGGCAAAAAUACUCUACAAUUAAGAAAUGAAAUGAUUCUUCAGCUUAGAACGGCUCGAGGAAUGUCUGCGUGGACCAAACUCAUUACAACAUUCUGUUGAAAUUGGAGAAGAAACCUGCUGUCUUGUUUUUAACUUUCCUAGAAUACUUUUUAAUUUUCAAGUAAUGACAAAAGAGGGCACAGCAAUAAAGACUGGACAGAAUCUCAAAAUGGAAAAAGUAAGUAAGAUAAAAGUUGAAGAUGAUGACGAAAUGAUUGGUGAUUUUGACCACGCACAGAUGAAGAUGGAGGCAGAUAGCAUCAAACAAGCUGAAAGCAGUGAUGAACAAGAAGACAAAGAGCAACAAUGUGCAGAUACCUCACAAACCUUAUCGAAUGAAAACGAGGAUGAUUACGGUGUCCUUUUUUCACAGUAUACUACCACACUCUAUGAUGCAGCAAUGGAUGCUGUUACACAGAGCAUAAUUACGAACAAAAAUAUGAGUAAUCGAAAAAAGUCCCCAGCUUGGAAUCAUUUCUUCAUUUCACCUCGGGACAGCACCAAAGCUAUAUGCAUGUACUGCAUGAAAGAGUUUAGCAGAGGCAAGAACGAAAAAGAUCUUAGUACCAGUUGUUUGAUGAGACAUGUAAGAAGGGCACACCCUAGAGUUCUUGCUUCUGAAAAUGAAAAUAUGCCAAGCAUAUCCUCAUACUCUUCUCCUACCCUAGUACUACCUCUGCAGCCUCCUGAUGUUGUGGAUACCAAUGCUACCCCAACAAAAAUGAGGAGACUCAAAAUGUCUCCUCAAAAAAUAGCGGAGGAGCCGUUAUCUGUGAUGUCUUCUGAUGAAAUAUCCUCAGACUUGUCAAUAUCUGAAAAAAAUGCCAGAGAGGAUGCUACUGUUUCUCCAUCUUUACCAAAUAAUCAGAGCGAUGAAGCUGUUGAAAAUGUUGCAGAAAAGCAAAUAACAGUUCAAAAAAAUUCGUCAGGUUCAAGGAGAAGAUCUGCUGUUUGGAAACACUUUUAUUUGUCUCCACUGGAUAAUUCAAAAGCAGUUUGUAUCCAUUGCAUGAAUGAGUUUAGUAGAGGAAAGAAUGGAAAAGAUCUUGGUACCAGCUGUCUGAUCAGGCAUAUGUGGAGAGCUCAUCGGUCAAUUGUUCUGCAAGAAAACAGUGGUGGGACAAGUUUACCGCCUCCAUAUUCAAUCCCUCCUACACUGCUGCCGUCCCUCUUAUCAACAGAUAGUGAAGUAAUUUCCACUGCAGUUUCUCCAGGAAAAAGUGGGAAGGAAACCAUUUCUGUGCCCUCAUCGCCAGAAAGAGUUGCGGAAGACUUGCAGUAUAAUGGUGAAUUGUUGAUUGACAAUGGAGCAGCGGUUUUGCAUUCAUCAGAAAAUAUUGGUGAAGCUUCAAUAUCUUCUCCUGGAAAACCCAAUGCCUGUCACAAAUCGUUAGCAUAUGACUCGCCUCUUUUCUUUCAGCAAAAUAAGAAGGCUAUAAAACGAUUAAAGUCUGAGGUAUGGCAUCAUUUUACGUUAUCGCCUACUGACAAUCUGAAAGCGGUUUGUCGGUACUGUAAUUGCAUGAUUAGCAGAGGUAAAAAGGGCGAUUUAGGAACUGGUUGCUUAAUGAGACAUCUUUACAGAAGACAUCCAGAAAUUGUUUUAAACCAAAAAAGCUUUGACAUUAGUCUUGCAAAUUCACCGUAUGCUACCUUGGCAUCGGCAGAAUGCUCUUCCUCAAAAGUUAUUGAGCUGUCAACUGUUCCACCUCAUGAUAAUCAAAUAGUUUUUCCGUCAAGUAGCAAGAAGACCUCAAAACUGUGGAAUCACUUCUCAAUUUGUUCUGCAGAUUCAACGAAAGUCAUAUGUAUGCACUGUGGGCGCACAAUCAGCAGAGGGAAAAAGCCAACAAAUUUAGGCACCAGUUGUCUUCUGAGGCACCUGCAGAGAUUUCACAGCAACGUGUUGCAGAAUAAUGGUGUUUCCGAAGCCUUACCGUCUGCUGAUAUACACAUGCCAGUAAACGCUGGUUUGGCAGCCUCCUCUUUUGAUGAAACCAAUGAUAAAUUCAGUGACUCUCAUCCUGUUGCCAAAAAAAUCACAAGUCUUGUAGCUGAAAUGAUUGCACUUGACCUUCAACCAUACUCUUUUGUAGAUAAUGUUGGUUUUAAUAGACUUCUUGAAUACCUACAACCUCAAUAUUCAUUACCAUCUCCCAUGUACUUCUCUAGGACAGCAAUCCCAGAUAUGUAUGAAAAUGUGAAGCACAUAAUUGUCUCCCACCUAAAGGAAGCUGAAAGUGGCGUGAUACAUUUCACUGCAGGAAUCUGGAUGAGUAGUCAGACACGGGAAUACUUAACACUUACUGCUCACUGGGUUACAUUUGACUCUUCGUUCAAGCCACACAGCGAAGAUUACCACUGUUCUGCACUUCUACACGUUUCCCAGAUCGACUGUGAUUAUAAUGGCCUGAGUGUUCAAAAGCAUCUAGAAUACUUGUGGGAGUCUUGGAUAACCUCAUAUGGCCUUCAGAUAGGCAUCACUGUAACUGAUAAUCACAGCAUAGGAAAGACCUUAAAUGAAAGUGAUCAUUCAAGUGUCGAAUGUUUUGGGCACACUGUUGACUUAAUUGUAAAUGAAGCUAUUAAGAGUCAAAGAAUGGUCCAAAACCUUCUGAGUAUUGCUCGAAAAAUUUGCGAACGGGUUCACAGAUCGACAAAAGCGAAGGAAAAAUUGGCAGAAUUUCAGAAGGAUUACGAAUUGCCUCAACAUCCAUUAAUUCAAGAUGUCCCUUCAAAGUGGAACACCUCAUUUCAUAUGUUAGAACGUUUGAUUGAGCAAAAAAGAGCCAUUGACGAGAUGUCGAUUGAGUGCAACUUCAGGGAGUUGAUUAGUUGUGAUCAGUGGGAAGUUAUGCAGUCUGUUUGCCAUGCGUUAAAACCUUUUGAGGCUGCCAGUAAAGAAAUGAGCAUGCACACAGCUACACUAAGUCAGGUAAUCCCAAUGAUCCACAUUCUAAAUAGAAAGAUUGAAAUGCUGUUUGAGGAGACAAUGGGCAUAGACACCAUGCUUAAGUCUCUGAAAGAGGCCAUGGUUUGUCGUCUGUCAUCAACACUUCACGAUCCAAGAUUCAUUUUUGCCACUCUUUUGGACCCUCGGUAUAAAGCAUCCUUAUUUGCUGAAGAAGAAGCUGAGGAAUAUAAACUUGGAUUAGUCAGGGAACUGGAAAUACUAAAUUCUACCUCAGAUGAUACACCUGUUGUCAAUGGUUGUAACAAGCAUUCACCACCCAACCAUAAGGAAGACAAUAUCUGGUCACUUAUGGCCAAUAUAAAAAAGUCUAAGACUUUAAAAGAGAAAUUACCUGAAGACAUUGUGUUGGCUUAUUUAGAAGAAGAAGUGCUUGAGCAUAACUGUGAUCCGCUAACAUAUUGGAACUUGAAGAAAUCUUCUUGGCCAGUUUUGUCAAAGUUGGCAGUGCGAUUUCUUGGCUGUCCGCCAAGUGUUAUUCCUUCCGAGAAACUCUUCAACACCUCAAACGACAGUGGCAGUUUUAACCAGUCUAGAUUAAUGAUGGAACACUUCGAGCAGCUAAUUUUCUUAAAAGUUAAUCUCCCUUUGAUUUACUUUCAGUAUUGAAAACAGUCGGGUGAAAUUUCAUGUAACUUACUGAAUAACUGAAUUUUGUAUGUGUGAUAAAUUGCUCCCAUUGGGGCCAUGUAUGACAUUUAAAAAGUGACUGUAGUUUUCUAUUGUGUCACAAUGUUUUGCUUUAACUCUUGUCUUCAUGUGCCUUACUUGGUUCUUCAGGCAGCCAGACCUUGGAUCAUUUUUUUUUAUUUUUUUUUCCUAAGGCUCUACAAAUGCUAGUCUUGUCAUCUAGGAAAUUCUGUCUUCAGGAUUGUAAAUACAUAAUGUAAAAAAUUUACUUUUUCUUAGACUGGGGAGAAAAGAUGUAAACAGUUUUAUUCUGUAGUUUUACUUCAAGUAUGUACAAAACGGAAAGGUACUGUAUUUUAGUCUUGGUUCUUUUGAUAGUGUUUUUAUUUUUUUUAUACUUGUGUGUUAUGAAUAAAGCGGCAUUUAUAUAUCAGGUUUUAUUUCCAUCAUAGGUGCUAAUUUAUUGUAGUCUGUACCAAUUGUUGCGUUUUUGUAGAUUUAGAAAAAUUCCAUAAGAUCAGAAUGACUAUAUUCCAAUGGCAGGGUUUACACGCCACAGGUUUUGUAUCCCCCGCCCCCCUGAACUGCAGUGGCCAGUGGCUUAAGGAGGUUGUCUGAGUGUUCAAUACUGAUGACUAGGGAUGAUCGAAUCUACUUCUGAUGAAACACAUCUGAAGUCGAUUCGAAUACUUCGUUUGAAUACUGUACGGAGCCAGCACUCCGUACAGUAUUAGAAUGUAUUGGCUCCUAU